UGAAAAACCCAAAGAUAAUAAAAGGACAUGAAUCAUCAAACGGGCGGCUCUUGAAUUUGAGGAUGGCAUGUAUGCUAAUUUGGGCAUAGGAAUCCCUCUCCUGGCCAGCAGCUUUAUCAGCCCAAAUAUAACUGUUCAUCUUCACAGUGAAAAUGGGGUCCUGGGCUUGGGUCCCUUUCCAUUGAAAGAUGAGGAGGAUGCAGAUCUCAUCAGUGCGGGCAAGCAAACAGUCACCGUCAUUCCCGGGGCCUCCUUUUUUGCCAGUGAUGAGUCGUUUGCCAUGGUUAGAGGGGGGCACCUCCAUCUAACAAUGCUGGGGGCCAUGCAGGUGUCCAAAUAUGGUGACCUGGCCAGCUGGAUGAUUCCCGGAAAGGAGGUGAAAGGAAUGGGAGGUGCCAUGGAUUUAGUAUCCAGUCCCAAAACCAAAGUGGUGGUCACCAUGGAGCAUUCUACCAAGGCAAAUGAACACAAACUCGCGGACAAAUGCACAAUGCCACUGCCUGGGAGGCGAUGUGUGAGCCGCAUCAUCACUGAAAAGGCCUUGUUUGACGUGGACCAAAUGAGAGUGACGCUGAUCGAACUCUGGGAAGACCUGGCGGUGGAGGACAUCAGAAGGUGCACGGGGUGUGCUUUCGCCGUGUCCCCAAAUCUCAGGCCAACGCAGCAAGUUGCAACUUAAAGUGUGACGUAAAGCUUUGUCACUGGAAUGUGUUUUUCAUUUUAUCACCAUAAGAUUUAAUGGAGAGGAAGUCAGGAAUCACGUUUAUACAUUUCACAAGCAGUUUCACUAGUUUUCUCCUGGCAUCUCAGACUUUCUACAGCUGGAAUGACUGUUCUCUGAAGAGGGAUAUGACUUUCAUUAAAUAGAAGGCAAAAUAGGAGCUUAUCUUAUAUGUUCUAUAAGUGCUGAGAAAGCGCUCUGCUACCAUCCGUAUGGACACUGGAUGCCCUUUCCACUUUCUGUGAUAUUUACAUUAAAUUA